AUGGACUUCCUCCCGGAGAACUUCCAAACGAUACUCCAAAACCCAACCUUCACCUACCUCCAAAGCGCAACACAAGACCACCUAUCGACGAAACUCUCGCAUGUCCGCACAAUGUUUCUCCAGCCCUACAUCAUCGAGCCACUAUCGAGCUUCAUGGCCUCCUACUCUUCCUCAAUGCCAGACCUCCUCUCAAUUUGCCUACUGGCAAUCAUCAUACUUGUCUCCCUCAAGAUCCUGGACUAUGCCUGUCGCGUCAUCAUGUUCUGGUUCAUCCUCGCCUGCAGAGUCGUCUUCUGGGGAUCUAUCCUCGGCUUCGGAUGGUAUGUCUAUAGCGUAGGGUUUGAUAACGCCAGCAGGGAUGUCGGAUGGCUUUGGGGUGUGCUCUAUGGCUUUGUUGGUGACUUCCAGGAGAAGAGUAAGGCUACGGCAACGGCUUAUGCGACCAAUCCAAAGUAG